UACAGCAGACAUAAAUUCACACAUUUGGGACGUGCACAUACUUACAUACUGUAUGAGCGGACUCUGCCCAUGUCAUCCAUGAUUUGACUUUAAGUGGUCUCGACAAACUGUCUCAGUGGACCACGUCUUUGUUGUGGGGGAGAGUACAGACAACAACACUGCUCUUCGCUAUGCUUAGAAGUGUCAGGAAAACCAAGCGGGUGUUCCUGACGAUGGUGUUGGGGAGUGUGCUGAUGCUGGCGUCCUACCAGCUCUACACCAGCUCUCAGCGCGGGCGUAAGAGCAACCUCGCAGAUGGCAUCAGGAGCCUGGUAUCGACUGCGGACCACUUGGGAAAGAAAAUUUCUGUAAUCAAAGAAUCAUUGGAUGUAAAAACGCAUGCCUGGUUCGGGAAUAUCCAAUUUUCUUCAAAUUUACCUGAGGAUUCAAACUUACCCUACAUAGACGAGAAGUCGUUAAAUAUCACCACGAGACCAGUGGAUUUGUACAAUGAAGCGAUGGCAAGCAAAGGCGAUCUUGACCCUGACAAUCCCCCACUAAAGAAGAUUCUCUUCUGGAAUAGCGCUUACGACAACAUGCAUUACGGGUUCGGGUUUGGUCGGGAGCCGUUCCUGCGGGCGGGGUGUCCCGUCAACACCUGCAUGACUACGUCAAACCGAUCCAGGUUCCCUCUCAAGGAUAUUGAUGCUCUGAUGUGGCACUUCCGGGCCAAUGAUAGAUCCCUGCCAGCCACCAGGUCUCCACAUACUCGCUACGUGUUCUGGGUGAUGGAAUCCGCCUCGUAUCUCUUUGGGGAGUUGGGUUCCUACAAGAACAUCUUCAACUGGACCUUCACCUAUAGACGUGAUUCGGAUUUCCCGAACCUGUACGGACAAGUGUUUCGCCGUACGAAGCCUCUCCAGCCUCAAGAGAGAAAUUACGCGGCCAACAAGACCAAAAUGGCCGCCUGGUUUGUUUCCAACUGCAAUACGAUGAGUGGCAGAGAAAAGGUGGUGGAAAAACUGAGGCAGUGGAUCACCGUGGAUCAGUUUGGUGCCUGUGGGGAGUUGAAAUGUGAUAGGCAACAAGAAGCAGAGGUCUGUUUCCCAAUGCUCAACUCUCAUUACAAGUUCUACCUGGCCUUUGAAAAUUCCCUGUGUCAGGAUUACGUCACUGAGAAAUUCUUCAACAAGUUGAGGUUGGACGUGGUUCCUGUGGUGUACGGACUGGGCAACUACUCUGCUUGCGCACCGCCACACUCUUACAUUGAUGCUCUCAAGUUCCCCACCGUCAAGUCUCUGGCGCUCUACCUCAUCUACCUCAACAACAACGACACGGCUUACAAUGAAUACUUUAGAUGGAAGCGCUUUCAUCAACAGCCGCACGACUGGGUUCUGGUAGCCAAGCCUUUCUGUGACCUGUGCGAGCGUCUCCACAGCGACAACACGACCAAAGUCUACAAUAUGCACCGUUGGUUCGUUGAUGGGAGCAGCUGCAAGAUAUUUAACUCGAAGGAUAUCGAGGCCUUCAUCGCCGGGUAACGUGCGGGAGAGACAUUUUCUCCAGCAGGAAGUUAGUUUUUUGGUAAAUAGCUAAUCUCUUAGAAUAGUCCUUUAUAAAUAUGUAAAUAGUGAUAGUUCACACAGUAUCUGUAUCAUCUAUUGCAAUUUAUGGGAUUUUAUUUUUAAAGAAAAUUAAAAUUAA